GGAAGAGGAAGAUGCCCCAGGACACCCAGGCAGACAAGGAGCUGAGGAUGGAGACCAGCGAGGACAAAUCCCUGCAGCAGAACCUGGUGGAAGAGGCUGAUUUGAGCAGCUCCACAGUGCCGGAGUCAAACAGGGAGGAAAAGGCCCGGAGAUCCCUCACGAGGAGGGGCUGCGAACGCAGAUCACGGGGAUCUGAGGAGGGAAGACCCACCCUGUGCCGGGAAGGCGGCCGGAAAUCCAUCCAGGGCUCUGAGCUGGUGGUCCAUGAGCAGCUUCAGGAUGGGGAGAAGCCCUACAGGUGCUUGGAGUGUGGGAAGAGCUUCAGCCACAGCAACCGCCUGAUCCGCCACCAGAUGAUCCACACUGGGGAAUGGGCCUACGAGUGUGGGGAGUGUGGGAAAGGUUUCAGCUGCAACUCUGACCUCGUUACCCACCAGCGCAUCCACACAGGGGAGGAGCCCCACGAGUGUCCUGAGUGUGGAAAGAGGUUUCAGAAGUGCUCAGAUCUCCUCAGGCACCAGCGGAUUCAUACGGAUGAGAGGCCCUUCCGCUGCCCCGUGUGUAGGAAGGGCUUCAAGCAGAACUCCACCCUUGUCACCCACGAGCGCAUCCACACUGGGGAGAGGCCCUAUGAGUGUGCGGAAUGUGGGAAGAGCUUCAGCCGGAGGUCCCAACUUAUCAUCCACCAGAUGAUCCACACUGGGGAGAGGCCCUACAAGUGUCCCGAGUGUGGGAAGAUGUUUCAGACCAGCUCCAUUCUCCUCGUGCACCAGCGGAUUCACAGAGAGGAAAGGCCCUUCCGCUGCCCUGACUGCAAGAAGGGCUUCAAGCGAAACACACACCUCAUCAGACACCGGCGCAUCCACACUGGGGAGAGGCCCUACGAGUGUCCCCAGUGUGAGAAGAGGUUCCGGAGCAGCUCCAAUCUCCUUGUGCACCAGCGGAUUCACACAGAGGAGAGGCCCUUCCGCUGCCCCAAGUGCAUGAAGAGCUUCAAGCACAACUCCACACUCAUCACCCACCAUCGCUUCCACACGGGGGAGAGGCCCUACGAGUGUCCCCAGUGUGGGAAGAGCUUCGCUGUGAGCUCUCACUUGACCCAACACCAACAGAGGCACCGGAUCCAAGAGGAACUCAGAAAAUGCAGCAAUUGAGGACACCCCACAACCCAGCCUUAACACUGAGAAGGAACAAAGAUGUGACCAAACCAAAGGAAGUACAACUUCUGGUCACUGAUGCUUCUGACUAAAACCAGCAAGGCUUGUUCCAUC